AUGGAGCGGCUGCGGGCGGAGGCGGCGGCGCUGGAGGAGUUCGUCGAGUACCGGAGGAUUGUAGGUGAUGAUGACGGAGGAAAAAUCUUUACCCCUGAGGAAUAUGAGGAGUACAAAAGAAAAGUAUUACCCAUUCGGUUACAGAACAGGUUGUAUGUGAGCUGGAGAUCACCAACUGGCAUGGACUGUAAGCUCGUUGGACCAGAGACACUGUGCUUUUGUACUCACCGGUAUAAACAACACAAAACGGACUACGAAGUGAUUCCUAAGGACCGUCCUAUUUGUGUGCCUUGUCGCGUGAGCCGCUGUCAGUGCCAGUCCUAUCACUAUGUUCCUCUAAACGGCACACAGCCCAUCCGCUGCAGAUGCAAACACUUUGCUGAUCAGCACAGUGCAGCGCCUGGAUUUUCGUGCAACUCUUGUUCCAAGUGUUCGGGAUUUCACAGUUGCUUUACCUGUGGAUGUGGUCAGCCCACGUAUGCGCAUGAAACAGUAGUGGAAACUAAACAAGAGCGGUUAGCCCAAGGAAAGCCUGUGGGGCAGGACGUUCCUUAUGCUGCUAUGGGAGGACUGACGGGUUUUAGCUCACUAGCAGAGGGCUACAUGAGGCUUGAUGACAGCGGAAUAGGGGCUCCGUCUGCUGAACUUCUAGAAUCCCCUGUAACCAGCAUGGAUCAUCCAUUUCUAAAAGCAUUUCAGGGACCUUCUAGUUCUGCUCAAACCAUCUCACAGAUAGCAGGCUGUUCUACUGCCACGAUGCAAGUUUCUCAUGAAAGGCGUUCAGAAGAAGAUGACAUGGCUUAUUUUGAAAAACGUUACCAGGAACAGCUGAAAAAGGAGAAGGCUGCUAAACAAACGGAGAAAAGUCCAGUGCGAUCAAAGAAGCCAUGAGAUUAAUGAAGAAAUACUUAUUGUUUGGAACAGUGUUAAUGGUUGUACUGAAGAGUAUUUUUCACUGCACCUGCUUUUACUUCAUUUCUUUAUUUGGUUUUGCUCUAUUGCUGAAAUUGAUUUUUAAUUAACUUGUAAGAAAAUUGGCACUCUGAUUAAAGAGUUUCUAAUCUCUGGAAUUGUUAUGUAGAUACUCCUUUGAAAAUGGAAAAUCAUAUUUCAAGGUUUACUGAAAUGUUAUUUAAGUACUGAGAGAAUAAGAACAUUUUAAAGUAUUACAUUGUAAUAGGAUAAAGAAAAUAUGUCCAUUAGACUUUUAUGAUGCAGUUUAUUUAUAGAAUCCUUAUAACUCAUCUUUUUCAGUGAUUUUUAAUGGUUGUGUUUGUUAGUAUUGACAUUUUAAUCUUAAAUCUUACUUUUUUUUCAUUUAUGUUGGUUUAAUUUCCUUUGCAUAAAAUUCAAACAUACCUUUUGUCUGUCACACUUUUCUAGGCUCUGUUCUUGCCACUGUAUAAGUAGUUGUUACACGUGAAGUUCUGUAUGUCCAUAAAACUAUUGCCACACAUACUUACUAGGUACUUGAAGGGAUUUUGCUGCCUGCUUUAUCCCAGAUUUCUGGUGUGAUUCUGUACCAUUCUCAUGAUUCUGUUUGUCUGAUACUAUCCUAACAGUGACUCCAUUACAAUGAGCUUUUGAAAACAUUGCAUGGAAAUUUACAUGCCAUUUACUGAGCAUAAACAAAGAGUUAUACAAUAUUUGAUAGAAACUUCCUUAGCCAACAGAUUCUCUUUCAUCAUGUCUGAUCCAGUACAGAGUUCCUCAAGAUGGGAGAUGUCCUUUUAUUUUCUUUGUACACAUUCACAGCUCUGGCAGCAAAUAUUGUAUUAAAGGUUGUGGACGUUUGUGUGACAAUGUAAAAUCUGGUAACUUUGACGUUUUAAAUUUGUGAAGCAGCAUAGUACAGAGUGAGUGCCUGGCUGAGGCUGCAAUAUGGUUGGAAUUAGGAGGUGAAAACAGUGCCUGAGUCCACUUUGCUAGGCUCCCUUGAAAACAGGAAUGUCUAAGUCAGUUUGUCCUUGAAAGUACUUGAAGAUAUCUCUUGGACUGAAGACUCUUCAGGUGGUAUGUGUGUACUGAGACUUUAUAGCAUGAGUCAGGAGAAACUUCAAAAGCUUUGAUUCCCAUCAGAGAACUGAUA